AUGGGAGGAGCGGAGGCAGCCAAAGAAGACAGGAUGGGGAAGUUGUUCGUGAAGUCUGUGGUAAAGAAGAAUAUGGAUGAGAAGCUGAAAUGGCAGGAUCAUCACCCUCACUUCAGCUACCUGCCCGCUCCUUAUCAGCCACACUGCCUCCACCUUCAGUUCCACACUGCCUGGGACAACUCGGCGGCGACCCAGCGCAAGGCGGUGUCUCAGAUCCCGCUGCUGAAGACGCACGCGCCGCGACCGGCGCUGUGGCCGCAGCGGCUGAAUGAGAUACAGCCCUGAUCCGGUUCGUGGAGCCAGAACAAGGGGGCUGACAACGACUGGUUCCGGGCUCGAGUCCAAACGCGGACGGACCGCUGGACCGGGACGUGCUGGUUCAUCCACCGAGCUGCGCGCUAUGAGUUCCGGUUGGAGUUCAGACAUCCCGUCACAUAUCCGGACACCGCGCAGGUGGCGGUCCCGGAGCCUGACGGGAAGACCGCAAGAUGUACCGGGGCGGGAAGGAUCUGCCUCACGGGACACUCGCGCCGCUUCUGGGUCGCCCGGAACGCGCGCGCUUCGGGCUGGGCACCCAUGGCGCUGGGACUCGGACCGUGGCUCGCUGUGGUCCCAGACCUGAUCAACGGCAAGGGGCUCGUGGUCCACAAAGAGCCAGCAGCGCGACGCGGCGCGGAGUGACGUCACCGGACCACCAACACCUGAGCCUGAGGACGGAGAGUU